UCAAAUCAAAAAUUAAAUUUUUGUAUUGAAAACAUGGGCUAUCCUAUAGUUUAUGACUCGCUGAUUUGGUGUCAUAAAUUGUUUUGAAAGUUGUUGUGCUUAAAUAUCUCAUCCUUCAUUACCCUUUAACUAUAUGCGUAGUCUAUUAAUUAUGAGAAUUAUUCAAUCUCCGUAGUGACAACUCCCCAACAUGGCAUGCCCAUGCCCUGCUAUCAGAGAUCAACACCUGUACAAUUAACCAUGCUGCUGCUUAACUUGGCUAUUGUCAAGACUCCAGGAAUGAGUCUAGAGUAUCUGUAAUAGUUAGUCUAUAUCAUUAUUACUAGAAUGAAAAGAGUGACGAUUAGCCGGUCUCCCCUACUAAAGUAUGUAACAUUCAACAAGCCUCCUGCACGCAUGGUUCAGCUGUGUCUCGCGUUCAAACCCCGUGUGUUGUCCGGUCGAGCUGCUCUCAUGUAGUUCACUGUUGGCACCACUAGAGCCCGCAAAAUGACCGCUCACCAAUCUCAGAACUGCUUUCGAGCAUGAGGCAACUGCUCAUACAAUGAGAGUCUGUAGUCAGCCUGCGGAAAGCCAUCCUCUCCGGACGAACCCCGUACGCGCUCGGACUGCUGACGAUCCACCGCGCGGAUAGCGCCAGUCCAGGCGCGCUGCAACGACACUUUUGUUUUGUACUUUGUUUGGGAAUCACCACGAGGAACCGUAAACAGCCUCUUAAAUGACAAGGAUGGGAAGUGCUCGUACACAGCCUGAACUCUCUGGAAGUUUGCGGAUUUCUGCCUUCAAGGUUAACGAAGAGGGGAACUGAAGGUCAUGGGAGAGGCGGCUCCGACCCAGGCCACCCCAAGUGGUUUUGCACCCAUGUUGGGUGUCGGGAUGGGAGGAUCAGUCACACCAAUCGCCACAUCAAGAGGAUCAGCCGUUCCUCAGCUCCACAGCGCCAUAGUGGAACGCUUGCGUGCCAGAAUAGAGCUGUGCCGGCGCCAUCACUCCACCUGCGAGGACCGCUAUGUGCGCGGUCAGGCGGAAAAUUCGGACCGGGAGCACGAGAGCACACUCCAUCUCUUAAACAUCGUCCAUCAGGGCCCUGGGAACAGGAAGACCAAGGGCAAUAGAUCGGCCUCUCAGCAGCCUCCUGAAUACAGCAGAGUGAAUGGGGAACAUAAAGCCCACAGUUCAUCAGAGGCGGAAUCCAAAAUUUCUUCGCAAAUAGCACAGGGACUGCGGAGAAAGAUUGAAGCACAGUCUCCUGGAUAUACAUCCAAGCAGAAUGGCCUCUCCUGUGGGGCGUCAGGGUCCGACUUUAAGCGCCUCCGCAUGGAACCCAGCUCUUUUCGAUCUGGUUCCUGUGCUUUGGCUUCAGGGCAGACUCAAAGAUUGGUUGGCGAUGCCACCCAAGGUAACAUCCUUCGAAGAAAGGACACCUUCAUGAUGCCUCACGGAAUCAGCAGUGAUUUAUUCAACGUAACUCUAAGGGAUAUGAAGAAGGAACCAACUGAAGUUCAGACCUGUGGCCAGUCGUCCACAGAUCCUGCCACGUUGACGUUUGAUUUCAAAGAUGAAGUAAGUGGACAGCUUGACCCAGAGCUCCAGGAUUUGUUUGACGAGCUCACCAAGACCAUCACUGUGCCAUCACUCAAUGAUCUAGAGCUGGAGAAGAUGCUAAAGCAAGAUGAUGACUUCGGCCUGGAUCUUGGUCGACCCAGUUCAGCUGGUGCGGCUCCUCCUUGUAUUCACCUGGAUAAGCCAAUAAAGACAGAGUACUCACCAGAUUUUAGCCAGGCCACUGGAAGCUCUCCACAACUAAGACCAGCCUCUGCCGGACCUUCCUUCUCCAUGGCCAACACAAGUUUAUCCACCUCAACCAUCACUUCAGGACACCAUGUUCAGGUACCGACUGGCGGUCCUUCUCGAGGUCUUCCAGCAUGGCCUGAGAUGUCACAUGCUGAGCAGCUGAAGCAAAUGGCCGCUAACCAACAACAGCCCAACUCUAUGCUCCACAACCACCAGCAGAGUCAAGCAGGAGGAGUUAGGAACUGGUCUACCGCCUUAGGUGUCCACCAAACUCCUGGCUCUUUCAGUCAGGAGACUCUUCCAGGUAAUGCUUCCCUUUCUCAGCAGAGACUCAACACUCAGAGUACUGGUCAGGCCAAAGGCAUGUCCAACUGCUUUCUCAAACCCAAUGAAUUCAACCCAUCCCAUCACAGGGACACGAAGGUUCUCAGCACUAAGCCCCUGCUGCAUUUCAGCCCUAAAGCACCACCUUCCACCAUGAGCCAACAAAUGCCCAUCAUGGCUGCUCCACCAAACAAAACAAGCAUGCAGCAGCAGCCAUCUACAGCAGGCCAGGGCAUGCACUUUCAGAACUGCCAGCUGCCCAUGCAGCCGUCCACCUGCCUACAAACAAAGCCUCUAAGUCAAAGGCCUCCACUCAAUCAACAUGUUGCUGGAAUCAGUUUCAAAAUGGCACAGCAGAGACAGGGAAUUUCGCCAGGACCUCGUUUACCAGCGAAUGGGCGUCCUAUAGAUGUAACAGGCCAGACCCAACAGCAGAGGCCUCCGGUUCUCAGUUCUCAGCAGAAGAACCCAGGCCAAGACCAGAACCUUCAAAGACCGCUGGGUCAACCGCAGCUCAACAUCCCUGAUACAGAGAAACUGAGCACGCAGGAUCAGUUCAGUCGUCAUCUAACACGACCUCCACCAGACUACAAACAACCACGCAAUGGAGUUGGAGCUCAACAGCCAAGCUUAUAUGCAGAUCAUUUUUAUGCAUAUGCAACAGGCAAUGGGUCAGACCAAAGUGACAUCCAACCCUUGUCAUGCCACCUGCCUAAUGGACAGGGUACCAAGAUGGUGCCCACCUCAGGAGAGAGAAGGUUUCCACUUGGACAAGACCGUAAUUCAGGACCCACAGGUGCUCAAGCUUGCACAAACCAGCUCCGACAGCAACCCAGCAGCCUGAUCCGAAUGGGGCUUCAGCAAAACAAGCCUCAGUUCCAUGGGACAAACAACCAGAGUGCCACUUUUCAAUCGAGCACUCAGCAUGUGAGGACGAGCAUCAGUCAAGAUUCCCUACUGGGGCAAAGAUUGGGUGACAUGAUCACCAAUGCCAGCAGGAUGGACACUGCUUUGAACUGGGUGAACAGCGCCAAACAGAGCGGAGCUCCAACAGGACUAGAUGUCAAAAGGCUCCCCAAUACAGUGAUGCCCCAAAGUGACAUUCAUUUUCCUCCGAGGUCUAUUUGUCCACCUAACCAGGUGGCACCUCAUUCUAGUCUGCUACCCAUAAACCCUGCAAUCAGAAGCUCUGCUCCCAGAGCCAGUCAGCCUAGGAUACCCCCUCUACCUGGGGUGACUUGCCUGACACGGUCGUCCCCCGAACAGCAGGGUUGUCCAACCACAUUUGGAGAGCUGAGCCAAAGCCCAGCAGCUUAUCAGAACAACCGGGCAGGCCGGUUGACCUUUGAUUUCUUACCAGAGGAUGAUAACACGGUACCAGGGAUAAAUGCAGACUCGGAUUUCAUCGACUCCUUGCUUAAAUCAGGUUCGGGCAAUGAUGACUGGAUGAAAGACAUCAACCUGGAGGAAAUUCUAGGUGGACAUUCAUAAAAUAGACUCAAAGCAUGAGAGUUUAGUUUGAACUGACUGUAUUAGGAGCCUAACGUGAAAGGUCUGUUAAUUUUAUUAUUUUAUUAUCCCUCUAUUUGUGUGGAAAACAAAUGUAUAAUGUUCUAUUAUAUUGUUGGGCUGAUUCUUCAUACCAUCUACUAACAUGUUGUACAGUUUAAUGUUCAUGGCUUCAGUGUUUUAAUUCCACCACACAGUACCCCCAAAUCCCUACCAGUUAUCAUUCAAAUGCUGAGAGAUUUCUGUUAGAGCUUUUGUUACUAAUCCGUUAGCACAGAGAUUAAUGUAAAAGAAACUGUGAUUCGACUGCCAUGAUAGAGCCACUGAGCAUGACAUUGGCACUUAAGAAGCAGUUUUUUAUAUUUUUUUUUAUACUUUUUGUUCUGGCUCUUAUAGUUCAAGGUUAUACAACUUAAAUAUUAUAAAAUUUAAAUGCUGUUGCAUAACAUAAGUACGGAUCUGUUUUGACUAUCCAUUCUGAAAUUACAUAUCAACGGGUAUUGAAAAAGAGCCAUUUAUGUAUCAUUUUAUUACACAUCCAAAAGAGAAAAUCUGUAAAGGGAAUACACGUUCAGAAUGUUAGAUGCUAUUGUUAACUGAUAAGGUCGACCUUCGUUAGAAAGACACGUUAAGUUUAUAAGUUCUUAUUGGUAAUAUUGUAUUUAUACACCUGUAUCUCAGUAUAUACAAUAAUAUUUUUUCUAUUUCUUUUCUAUAAUGCGCUAUAAUUCUGUCAUAAGUGUAUAUCCUAUUAUGUCAGUUUAGCCUUUGAUAAUAAACUACAUAAAAGAACCU